AUGGCUCCUAGACCGAGACCGAUUAGACCACCUCCUUCGUAUAGUGAGAUGUUUGGUACUGAUGGUAUCGGGAUAUCUUCUUCCGGACCGUCAUCUUCUGAGCGUGUGUCGGAUUCUCAGGCAUAUUAUCCCGGCCAUGAUAUACCAUAUCAUGAGAUGCCUCCACCUUCCGGUCCUACUCGACAUCCCGAUCUGAGUCAAAUAUUGAAAGACUUUUAG